AUGGUUGUCAACUCAGUGGUUUCUUUCGAUUACGAUAUUUUGCACUAUAGUCGCAUUGACGCAUCAAAUUUAGCACCUUUGGUUAAGGAGUUGACUAAUGUUAAGUUACCGGGAAAUUACGAGAUUGAGUGGCUUUUGAAGGCAAUCAGUUUGAUCGACCUAACUACACUGGCUGGGGAUGAUACAUUGACUAACGUGCACCGUUUAUGUGUCAAAGCAAAACACCCUUUGAGUCGAUGUAUAAAAUCAAAAUUAGAAACCGACUUUAACUGGGAUCUUGAAAAUCUAUAUACAGCUGCUGUCUGUGUCUAUCCGUAUCAAGUGCACACUUGCUCUGAGUUGUUCAAGAAAUUAAAUACCGAUCAAAUUUCCAUUGCAGCUGUCGCCACCGGGUUUCCUUCUGGUCAAUAUCCGUUGGAAACGCGAUUGAAGGAAAUAGCGUUUGCCAUAGAGAAUGGUGCAACGGAGAUCGAUAUAGUUAUCAAUCGGACCCUUGCUUUGCAACAGAAAUGGAAAGAGGUUUACGAGGAAGUUUGUGCAAUGCGAGAAGCAUGCGGUAACCGGGCCCAUCUAAAAACCAUUUUGGCGGUCGGCGAACUGGGGAGUUACGCAAAUGUGUAUGCGGCGUCCAUGACGUGUAUGCUUGCUGGUGCCGAUUUUAUCAAAACAUCCACGGGCAAAGAGGCGGUAAACGCCACACUCCCGGUGUCUUUGGUCAUGGCUAGAGCUAUACAGGACUACGAGGACUUGUACGGUGUCAAAGUGGGUUUCAAGCCGGCCGGUGGCUUAAGAACCGCAUCAGAUGCCUUGCAGUAUCUGUCUCUAAUUCACAACUAUCUUGGCCCGGAAUGGGUUCAGCCGGAUCUGCUGAGAUUCGGGGCCAGCUCAUUAUUGGGAAAUAUCGAGAGCAGAUUGUACAGCCUAACACACCACGGGCAGUCACCGGUCGCC